AUGAGCGACUCAAGAGAAGAUUCUCCUGACUGGUUACGCUCUUUCCAGGCACCGGCAGGGUCAGCUAUUGCAUUGUCAUCCGGGUCAGAAUCGCCCCUAUCUGACAGUCCACAAAGAAACGAAGAGGAUGAGAUCAUUCUCAGUAAAUUGUUUAAGAAAGAAGCUGGGCAGGUUCCACAGAUUAAAGAUACUGACGAAGAGUAUCAGAUUAGUGAGCCUGUCAAAGUGAAGUCUCCAAACAAAAACGAGAAAACAAAGCUGACACCAGGAAAGAAGAGAAGAAGAAAAGAUGACACUGAGAUACAAGGAAAAGCAUCUAAGAGGAAAACAUAUGAAAAGCCUGUCCACCCUCAGGAACAAAAGCAUUCCAUUUUGACAUUGUCCUCAGAUUCAGAGUCUUCUCAAGAUACCAGCCCCAUUAGAACGGAAGAUAAACAAAUGUCUGCCCAUGAUGAGGGCCCAUGUACAGACAAUAAAAUAGAUCAUGAUGAUAUUGUUCUUGAUAAUGAUGGAAAAUCUCCAAUUAAUGAUGCCUCCAAGGUAAAAUCUCCAAGAAAACAGUUGAGAAAAGAGGAUGCCAAAUCCUUAAAGAAGAAAAACACAAAUGGGUAUAUAGGUGGAGAGAAUUGUGGCGACGUCGAUGUUGUGAAGGAAGAUAUCUCCGAGAAGCAUCCUGAACCUCAGAUGCAGGUCUCCUCUUCAAGGUUGCCUUUGGUGCUUUCAGAGAAAGUACAACGUUCAAAGGCACUUAUUGAGUGUGAAGGCGACUCCAUAGAUUUGAGUGGGGAUGUGGGGGCUGUUGGACGGAUAGUUAUUCCAGAUGCUCCUUCCACGGACCAUGAAAUGUUAAUGGAUUUGAAAGGAACCAUAUACAAAACAAGUAUAGUUCCAUCAAGGACAUUCUGUGUGGUAAGCUUUGGCCAAUCAGAAGCAAAGAUAGAGGCUAUCAUGAAUGACUUUAUUCAGUUGAAACCACAAUCUAAUGUUUAUGAGGCUGAAACCAUGGUUGAAGGGACACUAGAUGGAUUUUCAUUUGAUUCAGAAGACGAGGCUGACAAUCUUCCCAAAGCUACUGCUCAUGCGGAUCAACAUGAUGCUGCUGAGGAACAACCAAGAGGAAGAGCCAAAAGAAAAACCGAGAAAACAUCAGGGACAGCACCAAAGAAGGGUAAAGCUGCAGGAGGAAAGCCACCUAAGAAAGUAAAAAGGAAACCUCAAGUUUCAAAGAAAAGCAAAGCGAAGAAAUGA